AUGUCGUCGACACUAGCAGAGGCUCAAGCAGACCUGCUCAAACUGCUGGCGAGCCUCUCGCCCGGGGACGACCCGUACGCCGCCGUCGCGACCUACCUGCGCGAUCAGAUCUUCCCGACCGUGCCGUACUCGGCGAUCUGCCAGCUGUACCUUCUCGCUGCAGCAUUAGGACUCGCGACCAUCCUCAUCCUCACGUCGCUCUUCAUUCGGUGGCGCAAGGGCGGGUUCUGGCUCCUGCGCAUGCAGCAGACGCCCCGAAUGGUCCGACCGCACUGGAGCGUCAGCUGGAACCUUAUUGCCGUCGUCAUGCUCGUCCUGUUCGAGGUCUUUGUCGGCUACGCGACCGAGUACUACCGCAAGGAGGCCAAUGAGCGCUUCGGCUUCUGGGGCGUGGCGUGGUGGGGCGGUCAGACGGCGGCAUGGUCACUCGGCGUGUCGUACACCCUGCACGAGUUCGCCUCGACGGGCCGCUCGUUGUCGUUCCUCUCUUCGUGCUCGAACGUGUUCGGCCUCGUGGUCCCGGUCGUCUACUUUGGCGUCGUCCUUCCUCUCGUCAUCAUCGGCGGCACGGCGUAUUCGGGCAUGAUCGGGCACUAUCGUGCGGCCGACGAGCUUCUUGCGCGGGCGUCGACGGCAUGGAAGCCGGGUGAGCGGGUCAACAUCCUUUCGCUCGCGCCGGCCAUGCCGAUCCUCGAACGGCUCGUCGCCCGAUACGAGACCUUCCAGGUGUACUUCAGGGUCCUGUUCAUCUGGUACGGCGUGACCGCUGUCGUCCUCGUCAUCUGCCUCGUCAGCAUCGCCUCGAUCUACCUCACGUCACUGCGACGCGUACUGUCGACGACACGGCACGAGCUCGCGUCGACGUCGGGUUCGAGCACGUUCAUCCGCCGCCCUCAGCAGGCUCAAGUCGCCCGCACGCUGCGAUCUCUCCUCUUGACCAUCAUCGCGUUCUCGUUCCUGGGCACCGCCUUCAGCCUCGAUGCCAUGCUCGCCGCCUCGGAUCCUCGCGCCCUCGCCUCCAACUCCCUGCGGGCCCAAAUCCUCAUCCUCCUCCCCCUCUACGCCUUUGCCGUGUUCGGCCUCCCCUGCGCGGUCCUCCUCGUCCUCAACGCUCGAGACGCGACCGCCGCCGAGGACUCGAACUCGGGCUCGCACUCGUACUCGGCUCGCGCGAGGAACCUCGGGCACGGCGCGUUCGGCAGCGGCGACCGGGCGACGGGCUUCAAGGGCAGUCGAGGGCGAGCAGGCGUCGACGAGGGCAUCGACGUCACGAGCGCGGGCCAGCAGUUCUCGAUCCAGCUCGCCCACCUCGACUCGAACGAGCCGUUCCCCCCGCCAGCGUUUUCGUCCGUGGCAGGAGGCGGCGACGGUGCCGGCGCGCAGGGUGGACUCGGCGGCGUCAAGGUGGCGGUCAACGUCGACGUCGUCGUCGACGAGGACGACGAGGUCGAGGACGAGAAGUUCGACUUGCGCCGCUCGACGACUCGAGGAGCGGACGUGUAGAGCAAUCGACGACGCAGCCGAGCCUCGCAAUGUAGCCG